AUGGUUGUGCCAAGGGGCGGAUUAUUCUCUUGGCACUUGGCGGGUCGCCGUAUGGCCGGUGUCGUCUUCCGUCUGGUACCAUCUUUACUACCUGCUGCCCCCCUUCAGCAGGGCAGACUAUCGAGCAUCGAUGCAACGGCCAAGAAGCACAAGAGAUCUCCCCGGUAUUGGCGUCGUCGGGUGCCGCGGCGGAUGGAGUCUCCAAGCCCGCCAAGUAGCCAAGGGCAAUCAGCCACGUCCCGGCCGUGUAACCUCUUGGUCCGCGGCACGCCGCACAGGUGA